AAGUGUGUGGAGUUUGUACUAGGCCGCCUCGUUCGUUCGAGUCUGUACUCUGAUGGCAGAAUUUCAGGAUUUGUGUUCUUGUCUUUUGUACACAUUCCUAAUACAAAUUGUAAGAUGAACUCGAUAUACAUCUAUCGCGGACAGGUAGUUGACGGGGUGUAGAGCUUCGAGUUAACCAUCAAAGCCACUGUAAAUCGACAGUGAGCCUUCUGAUUGUUUUAGGGAAUUCCUACUUGAGUAUUCUAUUGCAAUUAUAGGGGCACUUUCUGAUAGGUGAUUGCCAUCUGAACCAUUUAGCGAAAACUUGGUUUUUGUCUCUGCAUACUACAGCUAAUAGAUGGGGAGUAUGAAGUGAAGAGCUACUUUAAAUACUUAGUGAAUACUUGCUAAAGUAAACAGUAGUUCUCCACCCACCUAUUACCCCCGGCUAUAUUCUGCAUUUAAAAUGGAUUGUCGCUUUUAGGAGAGAAAAGUCGAUGUUGUUAGCGGUGGACCAGUCCUGUCGUGUACUCGCUGCGGGAAAAAUCUUAUUGCAGGUAACUGCUUUUCUUGUUGUUGCUACAACACUUACCUUAAAACGCAGUUUAUUUAAAAGAACAUUGAAGUAUAAAGCUUCAAAAUACUAGCCAGUAGGUAAGCAAGGUGUCGCUUGUCGUUAGAGAGCGAUAUGUAAACCCUUAUUCAGAUUCAUUGACGUUGUUCUUGAAGACGCUGCUGCGCCUAACCCUAACCCUAACCCUAACUUUAACUCAUGCGAUUGCCAGUACAAAGUGCUUACCCACUCAAUAAGGGAGCGUUAAAAUAAGAAGUUUUUUGCUAAGAAAUAGCCAUUAACCCUUUAAGCCCCAAGAGUGACCAACAUCAGUUUUUUCCAUCCUUGCAAUGUUCAUACAUCAGAAAAAAAAGGUUAUGAGAUUUAAUAAAAUGAUCACCUCAGGGGAAAUGCCUUGAUCUUUUAUCAAAUUCUCUCAACUAAUUCUUUAAGGAAAUGUAUGGAGGUCAGUUUGGAGAAUUUGUAAGUGGAUAUCGGGGCUUAGAUGGUUAAAUGGUUAAGUGCUUAGUGAGCACCUUCUUAAAUUGAAGAGAGCAAUUUUUCAAGAAGGGGGCGAGGAAAUAAUCUCAAAUGAAAAAUGUCAUUGUUAAUCACAGUAAACAGCGCCCAUUACGCAUGCUUAACUGAGCAAACAAGAGAAAUACGCGAUGAGACUUUGUUUGAAAUACGCGACUAAGCUACGGUCCUGUUUUCUCAUGAAUUAAGUCUACAUAAUUGACGGUAUUGACUGUGAUUUAAAAUCAAUUUCAGCGCCCCGCUUGCCACACCUGCAUAAAUUUUGAAGGGCAUUUUUUUUUCAAUGACAGAAUUACCUCAAUACCGCAUUCUAGUAAAAACCUACUCGACCUUACUGUGUGUGUGGUUAUACGGCAUUCCCAGCUGCUGUGUCAGCAGUUAGAAUCUUUUUCGCCAAAUUUGACUGUGACAAUAGCAAGUAGUACAUUAUGACUGAGAUUCAUUUUGGUCUUUACAGGUUCUUUUUCCUCCAAGCCUACUCUAAAUGAAAUUCCCGACAGAUUGAGGUGUUUCUUGGACGACAAAAACGUUCUUGUUAUCGACACAGCAUCUUGCCAGGCCUUAAACUUAAGUCCUUUGGUCGAUCUUCAAAAGGAUCUUUCUCCAGGUAUGAUGUACAGCUUUUCACAUUUUAUUCCAUUUGAAUCCAUGGUUUAUUGUAUCGUUUUGUUACUGUGUUGUUGUUAUUACUGUGUUUGUAGUCAGUAAGUGAAAUGUCCUCCCAGUAACGAUAACUGUGAUAAAAGAGGUAUCGUCAAUCCUUUGUUUACCCUCCCCUUCUCACUUAAGCCCCUCCUUUAAAGCACGAGAGGUUAUUAAGUCACCCUCUUGGAUAAGUCUCAUCCCACCCUUUUUAACCCUACCUUUACAACCAAAUCGUUAACCCUUAAAGUCCUAAUUACAGUUUGCAUAUGCUCCUCUCUGCUGUCUGUUCUCCUUGCAUUUCACGGCUUUUGGUCCUAAUGAGGAACCUCGCUCAUCUUUUACGUUUACGCGCCACCUUCCAUUCAUCGCCUUUGUUUUAUUUAGACACGUAGAUUUUACACGAUAGUAAAAAGCCCCCAGGUUUUCUGUCUGCUGAAAAUCAAGGAAAAGUUUAGAAGCAAAUGUUUUUGAUAGACAGGUGAACACUCCAGCUUUUUACCCAUAAUAUGUUGGCGUGACUCAAACAAGUGCAUAAACAUAUGUUUUUCGCUUCGUUGGUCAUGCACAUACGUGGCAGAGUAACGUGUGACCGCCAUCUGGGAUCACAAAACAACUUCCAUAGGGUCAUAAAUGGAGUACUAACCGCACACCAUUUGGAGCUUGGGCUCUUAUUAUCCGUUCACUCUUUUAGCGGCUAUGCGGCUAACUUUGUCCCCCUGUAUGUUCCUGUAGUACCCAUCUUUUAUAAUAAGAAAGGGCCCUGGGGUUUCCCAGGUUAGAAGAUGGUUGGAAGCGUACUGACCCUUCCUUUAUUCAAUCGUAGGUUUUAAAUUAAACAGUAUUUUCGUUCCUGAAAAGGACUGUUGCUUCAUUCCACAAAUAUGUCGAGUUUGCCAGUCAGCUAACGGAGAUUCUCGUAUUGUGGGUCUGGAAGUUGUAUCCUUUAAGUCAUCCUCUGAAAAAGAAGAAACGGGGACUCUUCCGCUCAAACAGGUAAUGCUCUCUCGCUCAGUUAAUAUAUCUACAAAAUCAACAGUGAAAAUGAUCAAGUCCUUUAGGGCUUGUUAUUUGGAUGGCGGGUGUUAA